AUGCCGCUGACUGGGGAUACACUGGCGACCCUGGCCGUGGCCGUGGCCAUCUUCCCGCUCUUGGUGGACCAGAGGCACCGGCACUCACGUUGGGCCGCACGCUACCCACCGGGUCCCAUGCCACUGCCUGGGCUGGGUAACCUGCUGCAGGUGAACUUCCAGGACCCACUUCUCAGCCUUAGCCAGCUGCGGCGCCGCUUCGGGGACGUGUUCAGCCUGCAGCAGGUCUGGACUCCCGUCGUCGUGCUCAACGGGCUGGCGGCUGUGCGAGAGGCGCUGGUGUACCGCAGCCAGGACACCUCCGACCGCCCACCUGCGACAGUCUACGAGCACCUGGGUUACGGGCCGCGCUCGGAAGGAGUGAUCCUGGCGCGCUAUGGGAAAGACUGGCGCGAGCAGCGGCGCUUCUCCUAGUCCACCCUGCGCAACUUCGGCCUGGGCAAGAAGUCGCUGGAGCAGUGGGUGACCGAGGAGGCCUCGUGCCUCUGUGCCGCCUUCGCCGAUCAGGCCGGACGCCCCUUCAGCCCCAACGCCCUCCUGAAUAAAGCGGUGAGCAACGUGAUCGCCUCCCUGCUGACCUUCGGGAGCCGCUUCGAGUACAACGACCUUCGCAUCCUCAAGCUAUUGGACAUAUUGGAGGAUGGACUGAAGGAGGAGCUUGGCUUCGUGCGCCAGGUGCUGGAAGCAAUCCCCGCGCUCCUGCGUAUCCCAGGGCUGGCUGCCACGGUCUUCCCGGGGCAGAGGGCCUUCACGGCCCUGAUUGAUGAGCUGCUCACCGAGCACAGGAUGACCCGGGACCGGGCCCAGCCACCCCGAGACCUGACUGACGCCUUCUUGGACGAGGUGGAGAAGGCCAAGGGGAACCCCGAGAGCAGCUUCAACGAUGAGAACGUGCGCCUGGUGGUGUCUGACCUCUUCUCUGCCGGGAUGAUCACCACCUCGACCACGCUGGCCUGGGCCCUCCUCCUCAUGAUCCUGCACCCAGACGUGCAGCGACGUGUCCAACAGGAAGUCGAUGAGGUGAUAGGGCAGGGGAGGCGACCAGAGAUGGCGGAUCAGGCCGUCAUGCCCUUCACCACGGCCGUGGUCCAUGAGGUGCAGCACUUUGGGGACAUCACCCCACUGGGCCUGCCCCACAUGACAUCCCGUGACAUCGAAGUUCAGGGCUUCCUCAUCCCAAAGGGGACGACGCUCAUCACCAACCUGUCAUCAGCGCUGAGGGGCGAACGCAUCUGGAAGAAGCCCCUCCACUUCCAUCCGGAGCGCUUCCUGGAUGCCCAGGGCCGCUUCGCCAAGCAGGAGGCCUUCAUACCCUUCUCAGCAGGCCACCGCUCGUGCCUUGGGGAGCCCCCCGCCCGCAUGGAGCUCUUCCUCUUCUUCACCAGCCUCCUGCCGCGCUUCAGCUUCUCAGUGCCCGCGGGGCAGCCCCGGCCCGGUAGCCACGGUGUCUUUGCCUCCCUGCUGACCCCAUCCCCCUACCAGCUCUGUGCUCUGCCCUGCGAGGGGUAG